UGGGCAGGAGGGGAGGGGCUAGGACUCCUGGGUUCCUGUCCCAGCUCUGGGAAGGGUGCGUGCGUUGGGAUUGAGGGCUCAGCCGAGUUGGGGAGCCUGGGCCUGGGCUAGCAGGGGGCUGUGGGUCAGGAGUGAGGGGCUCCGGUAGAGUCGGCGCUGCAGAACCGAGCAGUCUCCCUGGGGCUGCGCCUUUGCGGCUUGCACAACAAGUGUGUACGUGCCCCGCCUGCCCACAGCCCGUGUCAUCACCUCCCCACGUCCGCCCCACGGUUGCCCCACAAACCUUCCUGUUCCUCCUCCCCUAUCCUGGCCGCGUCCCGCCCUGGGCAGGAAUCCCAGCUCCCCAGUCUCCCUCCUGCAACCCCUUGGGAUGGCGUCCCAGCAGCUGCGGGCCCAGACCCUGCCCCUCUCCCCCGGGGCCCAGGAGCGGAGCUGGCAGCAGCAGUUCGAAGGGGCCUGGGAACUGGGCCGCAGGGGGGUCCCCCUGCCCAGGAACCCUGACUGGAAAGCCCUGUGCGAGCGCAAACCCUUCGAGAGGAACCUGCUGCAGAGCCCUAACCCCGAAGGUGUGAACAUUUCGGAGCCAGCUCCCCGCCAGCCACCCAACAGCCCCCGGGGGUCGCUGGAGUCCUUGGGUGAUUUCAGCGGCUGGGCCAUUAGCACCGAGGAGCUCCCUCCCCCGGUGAGCAGCACGAAGCCCAUUUCUGCGGCUCCGCGCUUCAGCUGGUGCGUCAAACAGCAGCGGGUCGACCUGCUGGCAGAGGGGCUGUGGGAAGAGCUCCUGGAUUCCUACCAGCCGAACAUCACCGUCAUGGACUGGUACGAAGACAGCCAGCUGGCCGAGAGCGUGUACCAGCUGCAUGUCCGGCUGCUGGCCGCCGAUGGGCAGACGCCCCUGCGGGAAUUCCACCACCAGGGCCCCGAGCACGGGGCAUCCCAGGAGAAGAAGAACUGGUGCCAUGUUUCCCACGUUUUCCAUGGCUAUGGCCCGGGGGUGCGCUACGUCCAUUUCCAGCACCAGACCUUGGACGCCGAGACGCCGGGCGGGCUCCGCCGCACCAGAGCGACGGACAGCAGCGUCUCUGUGCAGCUGCGGGACUGACGGAUGGGCCGGCAGCCAGGGGGCGGGGGAGGAAGCGGUUUGGUUUCUGUUCCCCGGCAAAAGCCGGUGCUGGAUUCACUGGGAGCGGAGACCCCUGCCCCCUCUCUGUGCCCUGGGGGCAAAGCUGGGGCUGGGUGAGGCUGUCAGGUCAAUCUUGUCGCAGGGCUCUGGGAGCCAGGACUCCUGGGUUCUGUGCCCAGCUCUGGGAGGGGAGGGGGGUCUAGUGGUUAGGGCGUUGGUGGGACAGUCUGGGAGCCAGGCCUCCUGGGUUCCAGGCCUAGAUCUGGAAGGGAAGUGGGGUCUAGUGGUUAGAGCAGGGGUUUGGGAGCCAGGACUCCUGGGUUCUAUCCCCAGCUCUGGGAAGGGUGUGGGGUCUAGUGGAUUAGAACAGGGGGUGUGGGUGGGUGUCAGGACUCCUUGGUGCUAUUCCCAGCUCUGAGAAGGGUGUGGGGUCUAGUAGUUAGAGUCGGGGUGAGGCUGUCUGGGAGCCAGGACUUCUGGGUUCUAUUCCCAGCUCUGGGAGGGGAGUGGGGUCUAGUGGUUAACCUUCCUGGUUUGCACUUCUGAUUCUGUCUGUGACACUGAGUCAAGGCAUGCCAGGUCUGUGCCUCAGUUUCCCCGGUUGCCCAGUGGGGUGAUACUUGCAGGGGAGCUGUGAGGCUGCAUUCAGGAUGGGACCUGAGCAGUGGCAUUAAAGAAUUUCUGGUGCUUCCUGUGA